GGGGCCAUUCUUCUGUUGUCCUCGCGAGAUGGGUAUGUCAGGACUGACCGACAGUGUAAUUCGAUCGAGAGGAAAAACUAUUUAUAUAGAUAGAGUAUGCGAGCGAACGGAGGGUAAGCUGGGCGGUAUGUAGUUGUAUCAAGGACCGGACAUGGCUUUAUAGCCCCUUGGGGAGUACACUUGUCAAUCAUGGAUGCCGCCUCAUGCCAAUCUCGCUUCCACUUGGCCAAAUGCGGUCCUCUGGCUGUUUCAAAAUGCUGCUUGGGUGUCCAAAGUACGACCAGACUCUGGGGAUGCGCCGCUUGGCGAUGGCAGCUUGAGGGUGGUAUCGACACCGACUCGGAGUAUCAGGCUCCGCCUCCCUUCUCAGCGCUCUGUGUCAGGACAGAUCUAUCAAGAACUGCCGGCACUUUAUGAGACUGGAUGUGUCUGCUGGUGCUACCCUUUGUACCGCGCCAGUCUGGGGUUUGGUCCAUUGAAGCACCCGAAGCUCAAGCUCAUGGGGCAACGGAGACGCCGCCGCGUCCAGCAGUUCCCACACCAUGCACUUGAGAAACCUGCAGCUAACGGCUGGUACCGGCGUCAAAACACUUUAAAUACCACGACCGAUCGGGAAAGAGGGUGGGAAAGAGAGCCAAUUGAAUGCGGUGGGAUGCUGAGCACCUUGGCCGUCAGCUUGGGUCACUGGAGCAGAUCAUGGUCUUUACCCCUGCAACAUAGGGAACAUUCCGAAUGGCGAUGCCACAUAUCGAACUUGAGAUUGCGGAGGGGGCCCUCCGCGCUUAUUCGAAUCAAGCCGGCGCCGCAUGCGCAUGCCCUGAGCCGUCAGUUGGGUCACUUCCAGUCGCUCUUGGCGUUGAAGCUGCUUCCCCGGACAAUGGAGCGCUUCACGGUGACUCCCCCUUCUGGACCACCAAGACCUGCCAUUCAACGGAGUGCUUGCCGGCUGCCCGUGUGCAGAGUGCCUCUAGAGACCACACCAGUGGGUGAAGAAUCUCUCUGCCAUCGGACCAUGCAUUUGAUGGCCCUCAUCGACAUAUCUCAUGAGCGGUGUGAUUAUGAACCGGCUCUUGCAGCCUCUCGCUAUACCUGGGACCGCCAUGGGCUUUCUGCACGCAGGGAGUCCUCCUCAAAGACGUCCAGUGCCACGCCGUGAUCGCCCCCUCGAGCAGAGCAGCCCGAUCGACCAGCGCGCCCCAUGAACUGUUCACCAGCGGGGCAGAAUUCUUGGUCGUGGCAAGCUGCUUUGCGCCGACCACGUCACAGGUAUACUUAGCAGCAGAAUGACUCGCAGGGACUACGAUUCCUAGCUUUCAUGCCGUCUCCAAGUCGAGGAUCUCAAAUUGCGUGUUUGCGCCCAGUGGGGGCUUCAAGUCGGGCAUCUGAGGUAAGAGUUCGCCCGAGAACGACGUACGCUCCCGCAUGGUCGAUGUGAUGUACUGAUUAUACAUCUGCCGCUGUCGUCGUUCGAGGUAGAUGAUCACCACGGAUCAAAACUUGCAGACCUGGUGGCCGGGGAGACCAGAAGUAUAUAACAGAGAUCUCGAGGUAGUCGUCCAUAGGACCAUAGG